GCAGGUCAGCACAGUCAGGCAGAGCAACACUGACAACAGGACAACUGCUGGGAUCUUAACCAAGCACCCUAAAAACAACUUCUAAUCUACUGACCUUAACAGAUUCAUUUUUAAUUCAGAAAACGAUGGAAUCCAAAAUGACAUGCAAUGUGAGCGACAUGUGGAGCUCCAAGUUGCCCAAGGGACUGGACUUUGAGAUUUCCCAUCAUCCACUGACAAUGAGGCGUGUGGUCAACCUCAUCGUCGCUAUGGAGAAGUUCAAGGGCAGCAGCUCAACUUCAGUGCUGAGCACCGAAUUCACAGAUGAAAACCUGCUCAACAUCAUGCUGGAGAACUUAGUGGAAGAGAAAAUGGUGUGCGUGUGUGAAUCAACUCCACCAACUCAGAUCAGCAAGAUACGCGACCAAACGUGCAGCGUGACUGACGGCGAGAAGAGGAGCUUAGUUCUAGUCCGAAACAGCAUGGAGCUCCACGCAGUGACGCUGCAGGGAGGUACUGAUACCACAAAAGUUCACCUCAACAUGUCGACCUACUUGCACCCUACAUCCAGCGUUGAGGGCAAAACUGUGGCUCUGGGCAUUAAGGAAUCACCAAAUCUUUACCUGUCUUGCCGCAAGGACGGUGCCGAGCCAACCUUGCAUCUUGAGGUUGUGGAGGCAGACCAUCUGUCGAGGAUCAGCUCGGACAGCGACAUGGUGCGAUUUCUCUUCUACAAACAGACCACCGGGGUGAACAUCAGCACCCUCAUGUCUGUUGCCUUCCCUGACUGGUACAUCAGCACAGCAGAGCAAAACAACAAGCCAGUGGAAAUGUGCUUGGAGUCUGCCAAUCGCCACCGAACCUUCAACAUCCGUGAGAUUUAACAUCUGCCAAACACACCCAACAGGGAAUGUGCAUCUGGGGGUCAAGUUAGACCUUCAUAAGAAGAAAAUUUGGAUAUUGAACAGAAUGUAAAAUAUACUGCACUUCUGUUAAUUUGAUUCAAAAAUGCAACAAAUCAUUUUUUGUUUUUACAAAAGCACAACCUGUCUGCUAGAAAGACUACUGCAGGUAUUACAGAGCAUCUAUUUACUGUAUGUACCAAGUACAGAAAGUGAAAUACUUAAUGUAUUGACAUAAGUCAAGUUUUUUUGUCAUUAUUGUGCUCCACUCUGUGUAUUUAUUUUGCUAAAUGACAUGAGACACUGUUAAUGCUUUUAUCUAUUAAUGUAUUUAUAUAUUUAUGCACCAUUUUAACAUGUUUAUUUAUUUGUAAAUCUGCUUAAUAACAACUCUUUAAAUUAUGCACAUUCAAAUAUUUAAUAAAGCCUUAUAAUAACU